AUGUCGGAUACUGCCAACGCUGCUGUCGAAGACGUCGAGAAGAAACUCGAAGGAGUCUCCAUCGAUGAAAAGACAACGCCAAGCAACAACGAAGAGAAAGUGCGCAAGCAACGCAUUCCUACUGCCGAACGCAUCCGCCUUUGGGAAGAGGAACAGAAAGCGAAGCGUGUUCUCACCACUGGACUCCAGGGGAAAGUGAAAUGGUACUCGGUUCUUCGCCGCUACGGAUUCAUUUCCCGCGAUGAUGGAGAAAAGGACGUUUUCGUUCACCAAACCGCAAUCGCUAAAUCUGAUACUGAGAAGUUCUACCUGCGUACACUCGCUGAUGAGGAAGAAGUUCUAUUCGAUCUCGUUGAAGGAAAGAACGGACCAGAAGCCGCCAACGUAUCCGGCCCUGCCGGAGAGAACGUUGUCGGAUCAAGAUACCGCCAUAAGCUGCUCUCGCGCUUCCGCAAGAACCGCAAGCCGAGACAAUCGGUUGAUAGCGAGGAGUCGGAGACUACCGAAACCAAAACCAAGGAGGCUUCAACUGAUGUUGAAGACAAGAAGAAGCCAAGAAAGCAACGCAAGAAUAGAACUCGCAAGCCAAAGGCUCAGCAGAAGGAAGCUGGCGAUGCCGCCGAUUCAUCUGCUGUCACCGAGUCUUCGGAGUCUUCCUCUGCUACUGCUUCUCCAGACUCGAAAUCUUGCUCCAAGAUCAUCGACGAGGAAGCUACGCUCUCUAAGGUUGAACGCUGUGGAUCUGCUCUCGACGAUGCUGGGCUUGGAGCUCAACCGAUCGAUGGUCAGAUCUAA